AAGCAGAGCAAAGAAAGAGUAACGAAGAAGAAGAUGAUGAUGAUGAUGAUGGAAGAAAAAGCUGAAGAUCGUAACCACAACCUGACCCUCGAUGACAUUGAUCUCUCUCUCCUCCGUCUCACUUCCCCACCUUACGACUACUCACCCUUCUUAUCCGCCGAUGAAAUCACCCCUCCGUUGAAACGCGCCUCCCCUGUUUCCGACGAUUCCGAUCAAUCCAAACGAAGAAAACUCUCCCCUAAAGACUCGAUCUUUAUCACCUCUCCUGUUCUCUUCACUUCCCCGGAGAACCAAUCUUCAUCUGUCCAUGACCCGACUCAGUACACGAACCUCACAAGCCCUGUUUCGGAGAAGCAAGAUACGACGCCGUCUGCUUCUGAUACAGAGACGAUGAAGAAGGUUAGCAAUUGCGUAGAGGAGAUGAAUCAUGGAGAGACUAACUAUGCUUAUGAGAAGGAGCAAGAGGAAGUGGAAGAAGAAGAAGAAGAAGAAGAAGAAGAUUGUGGAGGAGGGAUGAGGAUAGAGAGAUCUGGAGAUGGGUUUGUAAUUAGACUCAAGUGUAGUUGCAGACAAGCUUUUAGGGUUCUUUUCUCUGAUCAUCACCUCUACUUCAAGGCUCUCUAAGCUUCACAUGCACUUUUGUGUGGUGUGAUUGAUUAAGUACUGCUUCUUCUCAUUUGUAGCAACGUUUUACUUCUUUCUCUUUGUUUGGAGUAGUAUGGAGACUUUUGUAAGAUUUACAAUAAUCUGUACAG